CCAGGCGGAGCGCGAGGGAUCCUAGCAGAGCUGGAGAGGAGGCGAGCGGGCUUAGACCGUGGAGGACUCGAGCUGGCGGACGGGAACUGCGGCGGCUGUCACUGCUCUCCGAGCAUCCCGGGGACUUCUUGAGUAGACGAGCCCGGCCCUGCGGGAGCUCCGGGUGCACCCCCAGACCUCCGCCCCUUUCGAAGCGCUCGUGGAGCCUCGCGCCUCGGGCGAUCGUUCGUCAUUUAGCACAAAGCACGUUUUCAAAUAGCAGCGCUAGGGAGAGCGCCCGGGCCGCGCUCCCGCGCACAAACUCCCUCUUUUCCUUUGUUUCUGGGGGUCGACACGCUGCUCUCUACCCCAAGUCUGAAUUCUUCUCAAGGGGAGGGCAGGCCGAGUCUAGGCUGUGAAGAUGCCCCUGGAGCUGACUCAGAGCCGGGUGCAGAAGAUCUGGAUCCCGGUCGAUCACCGUCCCUCGCUGCCCAGAUCCUGUGGGCCGAAGCUGACCAACUCCCCGACAGUGAUUGUCAUGGUGGGCCUCCCAGCCCGGGGUAAGACCUACAUCUCCAAGAAGCUGACUCGCUACCUCAAUUGGAUUGGCGUCCCCACGAAAGUGUUCAACGUUGGGGAGUACCGCCGGGAGGCCGUGAAGCAGUACAGCUCCUACAACUUCUUCCGCCCCGACAAUGAGGAGGCCAUGCGAGUCCGAAAGCAGUGUGCCUUCGCUGCCUUGAGAGACGUCAAAAGUUACCUGACGAAGGAAGGGGGCCAGAUUUCGGUUUUCGAUGCCACCAAUACCACUAGAGAGAGGAGACACAUGAUUCUUCAUUUUGCCAAAGAAAAUGACUUCAAGGUGUUUUUUAUCGAGUCGGUGUGCGAUGAUCCUACAGUUGUGGCCUCCAAUAUAAUGGAAGUGAAAAUCUCCAGCCCGGAUUACAAAGACUGCAACUCAGCAGAGGCUAUGGAAGACUUCAUGAAGAGAAUCAACUGCUAUGAAGCCAGCUAUCAGCCCCUCGACCCCGACAAAUAUGACAGGGACCUGUCCCUGAUCAAGGUGAUCGACGUGGGCCGGCGGUUCUUGGUGAACAGGGUGCAGGACCACAUUCAGAGCCGGAUUGUGUACUACCUGAUGAACAUCCACGUGCAGCCCCGCACCAUCUACCUGUGUCGGCACGGCGAGAGCGAGCACAACCUCCAGGGGAAGAUCGGAGGGGACUCGGGCCUGUCCAGCAGGGGCAGGAAGUUUGCCAAUGCCCUGAGCAAAUUUGUGGAGGAACAGAACCUGAAGGACCUCAAGGUGUGGACCAGCCAGCUGAAGAGUACCAUCCAGACGGCAGAGGCCCUUCAGCUCCCCUACGAACAGUGGAAGGCGCUCAAUGAAAUCGAUGCUGGUGUCUGUGAGGAGAUGACCUAUGAGGAGAUCAAGGACACCUACCCCGAGGAGUACGCUGUGCGCGAGCAGGACAAAUACUACUACCGGUACCCCACUGGGGAGUCCUACCAGGACCUGGUCCAGCGCCUGGAGCCAGUGAUCAUGGAGCUGGAGCGGCAGGAGAAUGUGCUGGUCAUCUGCCACCAGGCCGUCCUGCGUUGCCUGCUGGCCUACUUCCUGGAUAAGAGUGCAGAGGAGAUGCCAUACCUGAAAUGCCCCCUUCACACUGUCCUAAAACUGACACCAGUCGCUUAUGGUUGCCGGGUAGAAUCCAUCUACCUGAAUGUGGAGUCAGUGAACACACACCGGGAGAGAUCAGAGGACGCAAAGAAGGGACCUAACCCACUCAUGAGACGCAAUAGUGUCACCCCACUAGCCAGCCCCGAGCCCACCAAAAAGCCUCGCAUCAACAGCUUUGAGGAGCAUGUGGCCUCUACCUCCGCUGCCCUGCCCAACUGCCUGCCCCCGGAGGUGCCCGCGCAGCUGCCCGGACAACCUCUGCUAGGGAAAGCCUGUUUAACAUGAAAGGCUCCCAGAGCAGCGUCGACUCCUCCCGGACACACUGAGGCAGACCCAUCGGUUCCAUUCCAUUUCCGUUCCUGCAGCGUAGGUAGGGCUCUUCCAUCCGCCUGAGGCCGACGAUCCCAGCGACUUCUCCCAGAGAGGGCCAGGUGGCAUAGAAGAGGGUUCUUCUAGGGGUCUUCUGGCCGAAGUGAACCUGUGCCCCCAUCAGCGCUGGGGUGGCCGAGACCCCCACACACCUUUCCCGUGUGCGAGCAGAAUCCAUGCUUCUGUGUCCAGCUUCGGCCACCCCCACCUCAGGCUCGCCCUGCUGUCCAGGGCUGUGUGGCCUCGCUGACCCUCCACAAGGCUUGGUAAGGACGAUGAGCAGUGGAGGAGGUGAGAGAAGGCCCUGAGGAGGGGACGUUGGCGCCUCUGUGCUGUUUUGUUUUGUUUUGUCUCUGUGACCUUGGCCUGGAAUGUUCCCAGCUGGGGAGAUGACACUGGCCCCAGAAUCCUAAUGUGAAAGGGGCCUAGAUCCCAGAUGCUGAAGGUUCUGGGAUGUUGAAAACCUUCAUAAGAUUCAUUCAUGCAUCUCAGCCCGGGAUGCUGACGCGCGAAGAAAGGGUGCCUGCUGGGCGGGGCCAGGGGCAGAGCCAGCCUGCAGGUGCGGACAGGGGCGCCUGAGCUGGACUUGCUUGUCAGCUAAGCAGUGACCCUCGACGUGUCUACACAGCUUCCCAGGUCUGCGCUCGGCCUCUGAAGAUGUGAAGGACAGUCUGGCUGUGUUGGCAAGAGGAAAUAGCACCGGGCCUCACCCUCCCGGGGAGCCAUGGAUCCCUCUGCUCUCAGGCCUGGAUCAGAGGCCCCGGAGCCCCGGGCUACUUGCUUUUUACAUUUUUUUUCUGGCAGAACUGUGACCUGAAAGUCAUACCUUCUCUUCAGGAACUUCGAUUUUUGGGGUUUUGUGUCCUUGGGGGCUAGGGCCCUGAAAGAAUGUGGGGAGUUGGGCAUGCCUGUAUGAGUUGGGGCGCUCAGAGGACCUCAGUAAACCGGCUGGGAGCGAGCACUCAGAUCACUGCAAGACAGACCCUGGGAGACAGCGCGGAGAGGAACAAGGAUCCAGCCGCCUUCCUUCGGGAUGUUCGCCACCGUCCAUGUUUCCCAGGUGGGGACAGUGGCCCCGGCCAGGCCUCGCUCUAGGCCACUUUUUCCAAGAGGCUGUUCACGGUGUCCUGGCAGGACUCAGCUCAGUGCCACACACUUCCAUCGCGCAGCUGCUGUGUGCCGGACAUGAUGUUGGGUUACUCGGGGAAUGUCCUCUGUUGCCUUAGUGGCACCGGUGACGUUGGGGGGGGGCAUUCAAAGCAGGGAUUUGGGGACAUGUGAUUCUAAAUACCUGUAGUUUCUGUCUGCUGGUUUCUCCUUGUUGCCUCCAAGUACAGAGGGAGGGAGGGGGUGUCCUGAGGCCCAGAAGAAACACAUUGGAGACCCAGCAUUUGUCCAAAUGAUCCUAUAAGGAUCUUUCUAAAAGCUGGUGCCAAAAGUCACCUUCCUUUCCUGCUCUCUGCGUUUGAGCCUGGCCCCCUCACCCCUCUGCACCUACAAAAUAGCAGAGGGUGGGGAUGCAGCUUGGACAGCUGGGGCGGGAGGUGGCGAGAACAACCAUUUCUGUUUUGUUUGGGAGGAGCUUUUAGAGCAUGGACGUCCCUCUGAUCGGGCUCACGUGGGAAAUGGGACGCGCUUCAGGUACUCCAUGAUCAAAUCUGAAGUUUUCACACCAAAUUGUUCAGCUCCUGUCCUCCUGCUUGGCAUCCUGCCUGAGAGGAUCUGUAUGUACCUUCUGUGCAACUAAAGACUUGUGUUAUUUUUUUCUCUUUCCUGGAAUCUUGAGUCUAGUUGACGUGAGUGUGUGUUUGUAGGUUGGUCAUAUUUUUAGGCAGAGGAGCCUGCAGUUCUGCUCUUGAGAAUGACGUCAUUGUGUCCCGCUUUCUGGACUUCUAUUCCUGGUGGUCAGAGCUAACUCUGAUUUUGGCCUCUUGAGGCUGAUGUGAGCGGGACUGUGUGAAGGUGCAUGCCCCUGACGGCCUGAAGCAGGUAAACACAUAAACGAGGCUUUUCCUCCCCCAGAACAUAGUAAGGGUCUGGGUGGGGCAAUGGAUGGGGAGGGGGCCUUGGAGAGACCAGGUGAAAGCUGUGGUCUGACCUCUGAGGAGGCGCUGGACGGAGAGUGUGGGGGCUGCAGGCAUGGAGCGUUGCUCUUUUAUUGCCCCUCACCCCUCACCCCCAAUCCUGAAAAAUACCUGGGACCAAAUUUUUUUAACUUUGCAUUUUUGUUUUUGGGAAGGUAGAUGCCUCUCCUUUUACUGUCCUGAGAUCAUGGACAAAAUGCUUCAUUGAGGGGAGGAGAAAACUGUUUGAACCACACCAAUGAUGAUUUCGUUUGUAAUACUUGAAAUUUAUUUUUGUAUUAUUUUGAUAGCAAAUGUGCUAUUUAUUUAUUUAAUGUGUAUAAGGGAGCUUGAAAACAGAAAACUUUUUAGAUUGGAUUUAUUGUUUGUCGGUUGAUUUGGGGCCUUUAUGUGCGACUUGCGGACUUCUCUGCGUUCUGUAUGUGGGUCUGAAUUAGUUUCCUGGGACAGGGCUGUACCAGCUUUCCAACAGGGGCUGCCUUUUAGAAAUUUGUAUAUUUUGCAGUUGCCAGAACAAUAAAAUACCUGGUUGAAAUACACUGAAGUGUACCUCUGGUCCUUUUUGUGGGGAAGAAGACUCUUUAAUCGACACUCGUGGUCAGUGCACCAAGUUUCUGCUCCUGAGCUAUUGCCCUGUCUCUCCACCCACUUCCUCGAAACGGGACGUGCAGAUCCCAGCCGCCUAGUGCCAGCAUUUGGGAAGCAAUAAGCUAUGUCAAGUUUAUUUAUUUAUUUUUUAAUCCUCACCCGAGGACAUUUUUCCAUUUUUUUGUUC